AAUGAUCUAUCCAUAUCAUACUACCCCACAACUUCAAAAUCACCCAAAAUAUGAACCCAAAAUGAAAAAAAAUCACUACCUAUUUCUCACCCUCUUCCUAGGGGUGUUCAAACGGAUUGGUUACCGUGGUAACCAUAUUAACCGGUAACAUUUGGUUAAUUUGGUUUGGUUAAUUUGGAUAAUUGAUUUGGUUUGGUUAAUAAUUUAGCUUAUUUGGUUUAGGUGGUUUGGUUUGGUUUCAACACUGCUAACCGAUGAAACCAAUUAACCAAUUAAUGAUACACGUAAUAUAUAAAAUUAUUUAUACUUCCAUGCAACCAACCAAACCAAACUUUCGUGAUUCCCUAUUUUAUUUUCAUGUUCACAACAAACCAAAACAUUAUGGGUCAAAAAUUAAAUGGGUCUGCCUAUUUUCUAAACCAAACAUUUUGGACAGCUACUAGACUUUAGGAUUACGUACAAUACCAUGACAACCACCUCAAACUAUGUAUAGUUUAAGUAUUUUGUAGGAGAGCUUUAACUUACUAAUGAGUGGUAUUGAUAUGUAUUUAAUAUUUAUGUUAAGGGUUUGUUGUAAGCUAACUAUAUUAGGUGCAGAGCUGAUGAAUUAACUUGAAUGAUGGUGGUAAUCUUGGAUGGUUAGUCUUAUUAUUAUUGUUUAUAUAUAAUGAUAGUAUAUGAUAGUAAUAACAUAUGGUUAUAUUUUAUUCAUUAACAGGAUAAUUGUUUUCAUGUAAUGUUAUGUUAUUUGGUUAAUCCGAUUAUCCGAUUAACCAAACCAAUUAAACUUUAGUUUGGUUAAUUUGAUUUUCGUGUUAAUUCGGACGGUUUGGUUAAGAAAUUUUAAUCCAUUAUUAAUGAAAUUUAAACUUAAUUGGUUUGAUUAUUACCACGAUAACCAUUUGAACACCCCUACCUCUUCCUCCCUCCAGAAAAGUCACAUCUCACAUGGCUCUAGCCAAUUUCAUUUACCCCAAAGUCAAAAUUUCUCCCCCCAAAAAAUUUAACACCCCUAAUUAUAAAUAUAAAUAAAAAAUAAAACCCCUUAAUGGAAUAAAAAAUAAAUCCUGCCACCACCACCAUAAAAAUCCAAACAAAUUGACGACAAACCAAUCAGAUUUUGACAUGUCAAACCAAAUCAGCUUGACAGCUGUUGUUUCUCUUUUUUCUUCUUCUUUAUUUGGCCUUUUUUUUAAUCUUUACUUCAUCUACAGACUAUUCUUCUCUUCACCAAACUGUUUAUCCUCUUCAUUCCUCUUCUCAAUAAAACCCUAAUUUCACCCCUUCCAUCCCUCUGUAUUUAACAACGGUGGUUUUGGAUUUUCCAAUUCAAACCUUAAACCCUGAUAAAUCCCCAAAUGUCCAAAUCCCGUUUCCCCCAAAUUUAAAUCUCAAGCAACCCAAAAACGAAUUAGGAAAAAGAAUUUGAAAGUAAUUAACUGAUCUGAGCUUAAAUUUACCUUUCACUUUCACUUCACACCAGGCCAUGGAAUUCUCGACUUCGCCGGCGAAUUUGAUGAACAGCGGGAACGGCGGAGGCGGCCUGGCGGCAGAAGAGGAGCGGAUGAAAUUGCGUGGGAGAGAAGGAGGAGGAGGGAAUCAGGAGCUUCAGCUGCAGUAGUCAAGUGGAGGAGGGAACCGGUGGCCGCCGGAGGAGACGGUGGCUCUGUUGAAGAUAAGGUCGGAGAUGGACGCCACUUUUAGAGACUCCGGGCUCCCCUCUGGGAAGAGAUCACGAGGUUAGUUUAACUAAAAUUCCCACUGCUUCUCUCUCUCUGGUUUAAUUUCCGCUUUCACCGGUUUCGACUUUCCCGGCAAUAUAAAUGACGGCGGGAAAAUUUUCCGUUGCUCUGUUUGGCGCCUGAGGGGAAAAAAACCGACCUGCCCUGUUCUUAAAUUGCAAAAAUGCUUCAUGGGUAUCUCCCAAUUUUCUGUAUUUGUUUCGAAUUCUGCUACUUUUGUGUUCAUUUGUUUGAACUUUGGGAAUAUAAAUGAACUGAGCUAGUUAAAAGAAAAAAAAAUUUGUUGAAUUCAGGCGAAUGAGUGCGCUUGGAUACACCAGAAGCGCCAAGAAAUGUAAAGAGAAGUUCGAGAACACUCAGAACUACCAUAAGAGAACCAAAGAAGGAAGAACCUACAGAUCCAAUUGCAAGAAUUACAAGUUCUUUUCCCAGUUAGAAGCUCUAGAUAACACCCCGCCGUCAUCAAUGGCUACUCCGCUCCCUAGUACAAUUCAAGCUAGUGAGAGUCCAGCCAUAGAUGCCAUCCCGUGUUCAGUGUACAGUCCGACUAUGCAAUUCGCCGACAGCAGCUCUACUUCAACCACCUCUACUCCCACUAAAGAAUAAUCAGAAGGAACAACGAAGAAGAAGAAGAGGAAGCUCGCCGAGUUCUUCAAUGGAUUGCUAGCCAGAGUAUUAGAGAAGCAAGAAAGUUUGCAGAGGAAGUUCAUUGAAGCAGUGGAAAAGUUUGAGAAUGGUAGAAUGGUGAGAUUAGAAGUACGGAAGGCAGAGGAAUUGGAGAGAAUUAAGAAAGAACGCGAAGACUUGGCUCGCAAGAGAGCUAACAUAGCUGCUAAAGAUGCCGCGGUGCUUGCUUUUUUGCAGAAGUUCUCCAAUUUAUCGUUGCCGUUGCCAUUGCCAUUGGAGAAAGUUCCUUUUCCCACGAGAGCUGUGGUGAAAUACACUCCUACUCCCAUGACUCCAUCUUCUUCUUCGCCAUCGAGAUGGCCUAAGGAGGAAAUCGAAGCAUUGAUAAGGCUAAGGACGAAUCUCGACAGGCAGUAUCAAGAGAGCGGGCCUAAGGGUCCGUUGUGGGAGGAAGUGUCACUGGAGAUGAAGAAACUAGGGUUCGACAGGAGUGCCAAGAGGUGUAAGGAGAAAUGGGAGAACAUGAACAAGUACUUCAGGAGGGUGAAAGAGAGCAGCAAGGCAAGGCCCGAGGACUCGAAGACUUGUCCGUACUUUCAUCAACUGGACGCUCUAUACAGCAGCGGUGGGAAGAGGAGGAAGAUCAACCAUGAUCUCACUUCGUCGACUGGAGUACACUCGGGGACCUCCGAGUUAAAGGCCUGAAGAGCUCUUGAUGCACAUGAUCAGCCAGCAACAGCAGCAGCAUUCUGAGUCAGCAACUACAGACGAUGGAGGAGGCGGGAGUAGUGAGAAUCAUGAGGCAGACAAGGAACAAGAUAGGUCUCUGAGUCCUGAGGAGCAGUGAUCAUUGCUCUAUGCCGAUGAUGGAGUGGAGGAAUCAUCUAGAGCAGAUGACAGAAGAGGUUAGCAGACAUGAUGAUCAUGAUCAGUGAAGUUGUUCAGCAAUGUUAAGCAGGGAGCAGCCGUUUUUUGUUAGAAGGAAGAAGAGGCUUUUGUACAUGGGAGAAUGGAAGAGAGCCAGAGAAGACUUUUGAAGAGCAGGUGAGUUGAGAGUGUGUGGGUGUUUUCUUGAGACAGAUAGAAACAUGUUUAUAGACCAUUUCCUCAGAUUUUGUUCUGUUGUGUUGUUGUUGUCUAGAACUUUGAUAGAGGGGUUCUGUAGUGUUUUUUUGUUACUGUUUAUUGAAGUGGAAGAUGGCGGUGGGAAUGUAGAGAAAGGGUCACCACCAGUUUUGGAUGGAACAUCAUACAACAAUAAUGAGAUUUACUUGUU